UGCAGCACACCACACCCCCGCCGGCACUGAGCCCCAGCCUGGACAGCCGGUGCUGCUCAGCUCCAGCCCUGCACUGCCAUAGGCUUCCCUCCUCCUCUUCCCUACGAGCCUGAUGAUUUCAGGUUGCUUGGCGUUAUCUCCCGCGGGCAGUUGGCGUCCGCAGCGUGUGUCAGAGCAGCCUGGCGCACGGUCGGUUUCUCAACGUGCUGCCUGCAGAACGCGCUGGCUCCCCGAAGGGAUCGGCUGUGGUUUCAUAUUUCAUUUCCCUCACACGCUACACCCGAAUUCCAGACGCUUUCUGGUUUCGCUGCUGCAUGGACUUAGAGCAUAGGUCCUUUGCCGUACCCAGCGGAGGCAGACGGGGCUUCCCUCAGCGCCGGGGAGUGGACCAUGAAGACGUCAAUUGUAUUUUGGCUUUGCAUCUCAGUUUUCCCAGGCUUUUCCCAGGGCAGAGUUGUUAGAGAGGAUGAAACUGGUUUUGCUGAGUGUAACGUGUUCUUCCCUGGACAAGUCCCACCCGAAGGAUUUACGGAGCCGUUCCAUGUGAAAAUCUGUCAGCAGUACAACAAAGAGCCACGCUUUGCAACCCUCUACAGUACUAAGGACAAAAUCCCCCUUUAUUCAGCUUUUAAGUUUACAAAGCCAGCCCAAAGCGAGGAGGAGAACUGGCUGGUUGAACCGCAGAUAGAUGAUCCAGAAAAUGACUUGCAUGAGAUGGUGCAUGAAGCUGAUAUCACUGGCACUGUGGCCAACCUUGGUGCAAAUCAAGCCCUGACCUCAGACUAUGUGGGCUCUGGCUAUGAGAGAGGGCUGCUCAAUCCCAGCUUGCUUCAUGAGAAGGAUUUCCAGAUGGCCACUUACACACUCACAAAUGCCGUCCCUCUAAGCCCAGCUCUGAGCAAAAACUGGCACAGAGACAUCAGGAAGGUAGUGGAGCAAGCUCUGAUCCCUCACUGCUCCAAGAAGGAUCAUCUGUAUCUCCUCGCGGGUGCAAUUCCUUCCAGUGCCCGAGUUAAAGGCAAGGUGUCAGUGCCAGAGAGCCUAUGGCUGGCAGCCUGCUGUGAUGCUCCAGACGGAUGGUCCCUGGGACUAGUGAAAAAGGUUAAUGAUGAAAACAGCCUGGCAGACCUCACGGUGGGAGAGCUGGAGAAGCAGCUUCUAGCAGAAGUUCACUUGUUCAAGGGCGACUGUGGGAAAGACAAACAAAACCAGGAGAAAAGAGAGGCAGUAUUGCAAGCUGUCAGUCAGAUCCACUCUGGGGAGAAAGUAGAAACAACUGACAACCAGGAGACCAAAGACAGUGGCUGGGUGAGAAAAGUGGCUGGCAUCAUUGCUACCCCUUUCAUCAAACUUCUGGAACUCCUCAUCUAUGUCUUUGUGGAGCUGGUGAAAUUUGUGUUUUAUUUUCUGUGGCUUGUUGUCAAGCGAGUUUGUGGUACAGUUCUGGAUGGACUCUACAGCUUGUGGAGUGGGUUGCUGUCCUACCUAAAAGCCAUCAGCAUGGUGCUCAUAAGCAUUCCUUAUGAUCUGGGGAGGGUCAUCGUCAAUAUCUUCCUGGGCUUUCUGCAAAUUGUUCAAGAUGUGGUGUCCCUCACCUACAGGAUCCUGAGCAUCCCAGUGGGGUUUGUCCUUCACCUCGCUGCUUUCCCCUACUACUCCAUCUGUGCCAUUCCAUCUGUCCUUAAAGACAUAGCCACCGGGAUUGGGGGCACCUUCUCUCUGGUCAUCAAUGCCACAGUCGCAGUUCUGCAUGGCUUUUAUUACCUGGCUGCUCACAUAGUCAAACGAUUUGUCCCUAAAGGCUCCUCUGAUGACUGAUAAGGAUGGAAACCAAGGCUGCAAAUACACGGAGUGAAGGAGUAGUGGGGCAAUGCUUUAAGAUAUGUGGACAAAUGCUGUCAAUUUUGUUCUGGUAUUUAUUGUAGUGACAUUAUGAACUGACUGGGGAAUAACAGGGAGGGCCGAGGCAAUGUCUCUCGGGGCCACCACCAUUGUAACUCAAAUUCUGCCUGUUCUAAAAUGUUUGGGUUUUAUUGGUGCAGGCAACAAAGUUUCUGUGACUUGCAGGUGUCAAGAUGCUUCCUCUGGGAAAUGCUCACUAAAUGUGGUACGAGGUUAUUUCUUUCCAGCUUUGAUGACACUGAGACUUACACAGUGGCAGUGAGCUCGGCAGGAGCCCAUCCAUGCUAAGAAGGUGAUGAUGGUCAGAGAAGGAUUAUAGUUACAGAGAGUUUUCUGGGACUUGAAGAAAAGAGAAGGAGACAAAAGUGAAAGGACUUGGGGCUGGGAAACAGCAGGGAGCAAGGUGGAAUGAGGGCAAGGUCCUGAUGUUGAUUGCAUUGCUCAUUGCACUGGGGUCCCACUGGUGGAGGGAGUGCAACUGGGUGCAUCUCAUUGUCCUCAGGCCUUUCCAGACAUCUGAAAUGGAGUGGAUCUUGCUGCAAGAAAAGACCCAUUGCCCAUUUUUUCACAUAGUGGGAAAGCAUUUUCCCUUAGCCAUACCAAGGCCAUCUUCCCCCAACCCUUCCUUGCUCUCUUGGUGACCACUGAAGGUGUAAUCCCUGAAGCUUCAAGAUGUGAUGUUCUCUGAAGGUCUAAGCCCCUGAAUGUCUGAGCGUGGAAGCCCUUGUGCCUGCUCCAAAGCUCAGCGGCAUCCAGGAAUCGCACUUUUGGCUUCAAAUCUGUUGCCACCUGCCUUGCCUCUGUUGAGAGCUGACUGUUCCUGAAGCACACAGGGGACUACAGACUGUCAGGUGGGAGGAGAGGCAGGAGAGGGUCCUGGAGUGCAGGAUGUGUUUUGCUGUGUAAACACCUGCCGAGUGAGCCCAUGCACAAGCAGACAUCUUAAUAUCGGAGGCAGAAUGAACCCUUCUUCUGCAUUGCUCAUCAUCUCACUCUUCACCCCUUCUCCCUGACAGCAUGAGCCAUGUUCCCUGACAUCUGGGAUACUGCAGCUGGCGCACACGCAGGGGAUUUGCAGGGGACCAUCAAGGGUUUGCAGCCACAUGAGGGCCACAGGGACAUUUGCUGCUGCUGGAGGAGGGCACAGGGUUGCUGCCCUUCCCCAGGGCUUUGGAUCUCUUGGUGCAGUUGCCUGCAGGAGGGAGGCUCUAUGUCUCAGCAGUAUUUACUUUUGCUAGACUCCAAGAGGCAUUUGGGAGUCCUACAUAUAUGGAUCUUUCCCUUCAUUCCCAUCUCUGUCCCUCCCUUCAGGACCAUGUUGGUGUGGACCUCUGAUCUGCCACAGCAUCCCAUAAUGAGUCCUGCGAGUGAGCAAGCAGGUGAUGCCAUCCCAUAGGAGACCCAGUGGUGCUCUGUUGGUAGUGGCCAGUCCUGGGUUGAAGAAAACCCAGUUACUAACACAACAGCUUUGCCCGUGUCAUGCUGCCUGCAGCAAGGCUGAGCUGGGUGUAGUUGGAUUAAAAGGGAAAAGGAGAUUUACCUGGUUCAUGAUGGGACAGAGAGUUGUUUCCUUAGCUCAGGGGCUGUGUCCAAGUCAAGCAGAUGUGCGUGUAUGUCCCAGAUCAGCACACCCUGACCAGGUGGCACCCUGUUCAGCAGUGGUGCAAAUGGCAAAGUUGGUGGUGCCAACAAUGGGGAUGAAGUAGGAAGGCUGCGGGAUUAGUGGUAAAAAAGGAUGACUCCUUGUCUCACCCUUCGUGGGGCACAGCUGGUUUAUGGAGAAAGAGAGGCCAUCUGCAAUCAGUGCUGGCUUUGUUCAAGAGGAAAGGCGGCUUUUGUAUGCCAAUAUGGCUAUAGUGGGUAGAGUCAGCAGUGUUUUACUUCAGGGAUUUUGGGUGCAAAGGGCGAGGUCCAGGUUGCUGCUCCCAGCAGGCCAACAGCAGCCUGCUAAUGCUCUCCAAACUAAACUUUGCAUCUGUGUCCACUCAAAUAUGUCUUUUCUGCUGCUGAGACAGGUGCAGAGCUGGUUUCCCCCUCCUUCACGAGACCCUGUCUCAACCCCACCACUCCUCUUGGGCUGCAUGACAACUGUCAAGGCAGGAAAGCAUCCAGCUCAGGUCCCAGGAGAUGCCAGAGUGGGGUGACCGGGACCCCAGCCUGGGGGACCCAGGAUCCCCAGCAGCUUCUGAAGGCACGUGUUGUGGCAGUAGCUCUCAAAUGCAACCCAAGCACGGGAGGAGGAGCUGCCCCCCACAGCUGCCUGUCUCGUGCCUUCUGUUUGGCCUUGUCUCUGACCCAUCUUAGCUGUGAAGUCUUGCUCAGUGGCCAGGGAUGCACUUCUUGGGGUUUCUUCACCCAGAGCAGCCUGCCUACACCUUAACGCAGCAACCCCUGCAUCCCAGUUCCACUGGCAUCUCCAGUGCAGUGCCCAGUCACAGUGAUAUGGGAGCUCAUGUGCUCCCAGAGACAGCAAAGCUGGGGAACCUCAAGAGGUCUGGAUUGUUGUAUCCCCAUCACAGUCACUCCCCAGCCUAGCUCGGGUCAGGCCCCCAGGUCUCUACUGUAUCUAUGACUUCUGACUGCAAGUGGACAGUCCCUGAAAUCUAAGGCACUGCAGCUCUGUAGGAUUUGGGCAGAUGUGUAACAGUGUUACUAAAAUUGUCUUCACACACUUAGAUUUCAAACGCUAAGAACCGUAACUGUCAUGGGGCAUUUUUCUUCCUGGCUACACAUCUGGGCGGGUGAUGGGAAAUCUGCCUCAAAUGCUGAGCAAUUAUCACAGAACAAGCAACAUCCUGCUACAAAAUGCUGUUUGAGAUUAUUCUUAUCUAGGUAUGAUUUAUGGUUCCAGAGCUUUACUCUAUCCUUGGAAACAUAUGGUUUCAACAAAAUAAAAUGACUUUUCCAAAGUGGGGCUGGUAUAACUUUCUGUGGUAGUUGCAAAUGAGAUAAUGUAAUCCAGGGUGCCCUGACUAAUCGAGAAAGCAUCAGCAGCACAGUUGUUCUUUGUUACAGCUUGACAUCUGAUAUUAAUGGCCUUUAUGUGCUUUUAGUGCUUUUAAAACACCUUUCCUCUCUCAAAACACUCUAAGACUCAAUUGAUUAAGCUGCAGAAUAUGUAGGUAAAAGCUGAGGAGCUGCAUGCAACAAAUUUAGCUCUGUAUGUGCCAGGAGAGGGGAUGCUUUGAUUCUUGUGAGAUGCGAUGAGAUGCAGCUGGGGUGCAGCAUGAUGGCCAGUUUGAUACAGAAAUCACAUCACAGCAGCGUGGUUCUUCACAGCCGACAGAGACAAGCUCCUCUUGUAUGGUGCUGUUCCUUGGACCGGCCUAUUAUCACAACUUCUUUAGAAGGAGAACAAGCACACUCUGAAAGUGGCAAUUUUCCUCCUCUGACAGUAUGGAGAUCCUGGGAUGAGUAAACCAGAUGUUGACACCUACAUUUUGCAAAUACCUGUCUUUGGGCAGACGAACCCCUGCAGCUGAGUCUAUAUCCGUCUCAGGUGUGUAGAAGCUGGUGAGGCACUGGCACAGGCACAGGUUGCCUGGAGAAGCUGUGCCUGCCCAUCAUUGGAAACAGUUGAGAUCAGGUUGGCAGGUUGUGUGGAGCUUUCAGCAGCAUGGUCUAGUGGAAGGUGUCCCUGCCUCAACCAGGUCACCCAAAGCUUCGACACAGGGGUCUCUGCACCUCGAGGUGACCCUGGUCUCUGCUGCAUCCACUCUGGGACCAGGCAUUGAUAAUGGAAGAGGGACUCAGCAACCCCAGCAGCACAGCCCUGGGCUCAGGCCCUCUGGGUCACACCUCUGCUGCCAUUGUGUGUUUUGGAGCUCCUCACCUCUGUGUGGAGCUCCAUCACCAGAUCCGUCCCUCCCUCCAGCUAGGGAGCUGCUCCUGUUCGGCAGGGAAUCGAGCCAUGCUUGUUCACAGGUUAUCUCUCCAGCAUAGUCAUGCCAGAAAAUGGGAAAGAUAUUGGAAAAUAAAUACCAGUGUAACUCGUUUGGCCAGGAGGGAUUGUCUGGGAGCACGGAAGGUUAGGUGUGUCCAGGGUGUGUGUGUUAGUGUGGUUGCAAUACUGUGGGUUUGGCAUGGGACGAUUUCUCUUUGCUGCACAGUCUCCUAGGCUGUUGGACUUACUUUGAUUUGGGAAUGGGUUCACUGGGCAACAUCUGCCAUUGAUUUCCACAGAACUGGUGUUUCUAGCCAAGCAGAAAUGCCUAAAGACUUUCCAGUGGUGUUAGUGUUACAGCUGUUUGGAAAAUCUCCAAGGAAAGAUAUCCUGUCAGAAUGGAGUGAUUUAUCAAACAGAGUUCUUUUCAUGGCAAUUUACCAUUUUUAGUGGAAAAGAUUUUUCAGGACCAGGCUGGAACAAGCAAGGCCAAGAAUCAUCCAAGAGCAGCCCAGGGUCUGGAUUAGAGAUUUGGAUGUGGACAUUCAGCACCUGCUUCUGCCUAACAGUAGGUUUGGCAUGUGAAUAUGGCUGUCUCCAUCUCAGAGGAGUAUCCCUCAGCCAUGGCCCACCUUAGCAUAUGUGUAAUUUCUCCCAUUUGUAAGGGCAGAAAAAACCCUGUGUCCUUUCCAAAAAUACUGAAAUUAUGACUAUUCCUGGGAGGUAGAAGCCAUUUUCUACUGAGCCACAAGCAAAAUUGUCUGCAAAACUGAAGCAGAGGUUUCAAAAUCCUCUGCAGUAUCAUCUUUAUUAAUAACUUGAUAUUUUAAACUAAUUUAACAUGGUGAGGAAUGGAUAUCUGGAGCAGAUGUCACUGUGUGACUUUUCCAAACCCCCAGUACUUACUGGUAGAAGACAGUUAUGGACCAAAGCCAGGAGCUGCAGCAGGUCUCUGCUUGGUCCUGACAUCAAAAAGCUACUGAGAUAAGUGGAGGAGCUCCAGAGGGAUGGACUCAUGGAGACAUCACUUUCUGGAUUUAUGCCACCCAAAUGUAGUCAUUUAAAAUUUCUUCUUUGCAGGCACCAGAGUCCUUCCAUUCAGUAUGACUAUCUCACCAGGCUUUUACCUGGGCACCUCGUCUGGAUGCCUAAAGCUGGGGCUGAUGAACCUUAGCUGGGGUUGGUGGCUGAUGGGGUUUGUUCCACUCAUGAAGACCUUUGAGAUGUGGUUCACCCAAAUGAUGGUACAGGUGGGGUGAUCUUUCCCACAGUCCUGUGGAAGGCUCUUGGGUCACUAAGUCCUUCCAUACGGGCAGGACUGAUACCAGGGUCUGAUGCCUCCCGAGUGCUGCUUGAAAUGACCCACAGUGCUUGCAGCCACAUUUGGAUGGGGAUACGGAUUUGUGUGUGGUCCCACUGAAACAGAUGGGAUUAAGCCCUGUGUGCACCUCAACCACAUGAGUUGGCCUGACCUGUGUGGAAUGAUUCCAGACCCCAGAGAACUUGGCUCACAGUUUUUUGAGUUAAUGCAAAUCAUGUGCAUUUGUGGGGUGGCUGAGUUCAUCCUUCACCCUCAGGCAUCCGCGGGGUGUAACUGUACACCUUUGCACUGUAGGUGACAGCCUGCACUUGAAAACACCAUUGCACUUUUCAAAAUUGAGAUGAGUAUCUGAUGUGGAGCAAAGGGGCUGCCUUCUCAGGGAUUUGUGAGAGCAUGGAGCCCAUGGCUGCAGAAGAGGUUUUAAUGGUAACAACAGGCAUCCUGGUGUCAGAGGGGUGCAAAUGGUAUCUGAGGCUCAUCAUCCCACCAGUUAAGGAGGAUGACAACUCAGAUAGAAUCAUAGAAUCGUUAA